GGAAUUCAGUGCCAAGGUAGACGCUCUGUAGAUCAGUCGUUUUCCGGAGCAGAAGUAAUAUUAGAAUGUCCGACUCAAUUGAGAUUGUGAACCCAAAUGAACAUCUAAUUAUUCCCGAUUGGAUAACAGAAAAGUAUUUCAAAUCAGUGCUCGACAAGGAUGAACCGAAUCAUGUUAAAGUGCUCAAGUUUACUCCUGUCGCGGCGAUUCCACCCGGCGAGAACUUUACAUCUGUAAUGCUACGGAUACAUAUCGAUUUGGAAAUGAAAGAUGGUAGUUCAAAGUCAAAGACCUACAUAUUCAAGACAGUGCUACCCAAUGAUAGAGGUGGCGAAGAGAUCGAUUUGUAUGGAUUAUUCCCAAAGGAAAUGAUAAUGUACAAUACUUAUCUCCCGGCCUUUGAGGCCCUCUAUAAGGAAGCCGGUGAGGAGGUGCAACUCGCACCCAAGUGUCUGCAUACAGAGGAGCGUGAGGGUAAGAUUCACUUCAUCUUCGAAGAUCUGGCGGUGAAAAAGUUUCAAAAUGUGGAUCGCAUAAAGGGCUUAGACAUGGACCACAUGAAAUGUGCCCUACAGAAGCUGGCCGAGUUCCAUGCAGCCGGCUCUGUUUAUCAAGAGCAACACGGACCUUACCCUUCUGAAUUCGAUGAGGGAUUUGUGACACUGAAAGCGGAUAAGUUUCUUAAAGAUAUCUUUAGGAUUAAAGAGGAAUCUUUCAAAAAAUCAAUGGCAACAUGGGGCAUGAGGAAUGCCGAGAAGUAUAUCAACAAUUUCCCAACUGAAGAUCAGUAUUGGAACCAGUGCGUCAACUCCUUAGAUGUUGAUCCUAAGGACUUUAAUACCUUAACCCAUGGAGAUUUUUGGUCAAGCAACUUAAUGUGCAACUAUCUGCCCAAUGGAAAAGUAGAUCAACUAAUAUUGGUCGACUUUCAGAUCUGUAAGUGGGGAAGUCCCGCCAUAGAUCUGUUAUUUUUUAUCACGCUAUCGGCUGCUCAUGAUAUACGCCUGAAGGACUUCGAUUACUUCAUUUGCAUUUAUUGGGAGCGUUUAAUAGAGUGCUUGAAACUUUUAAAUUACAAAAAGCCCGUGCCCCAAUUAAGGGAUCUGCAGACUUCCCUAUAUAAGAAGAACAACUCUUUCUACGCUUUCUUUGCGCUGAUGAAUCAUCUGCCUGUCAUUUUGUUCCCAAGCGAUAAGGAUAGCAAUCUUCACUCAUUAAUGGCGGACACCAAAGAGGCUGAAAACUUACGACUUCGCAUUACGUCAAAUCCCAAUUAUGGAAAAGUCAUGAAAGAUUUAUAUCCAUUUUUCUAUAAUCGCGGAUUGUUGAAUUUCGAAGACUAUAAUGAAAUUAAAAAUAUUAAUUCAUGAUAACCGAUAAAUCUAUAUAUAAUUCUAUACAUU